CUACUCAAGGCGUCUACAUAGCUCCGUUGACAAUCCUACAAUCAAUUGCCCAAAACACAAUGGGUGUGACCGACUUUAGCAGGCUACCGUCCUUCGACUCUCUCGAGAACAAGAAGCGCUUCUGGGUAGGGUCACCAGCCAGUACCGAGGAAGGCUUGGGUAUGCUGCGAUACUUGACCCCUGCCCAUGUAGCAGAUUCAGCUCGGUCCGAGAUCAUCACUGGUGAGCGAGUCUGUCUUAACUGGGACAUGAAGAAGCUUGAAACCCCAGGAUUCGGUCGUGAUGCCGCUCGACACAUAAUCAAAUCAAUUCCGAACUAUGAAGGCAUUGCUUGGGACGAUGAAUGGCAUUUCAAUCCCCAAGCAGGUUCGCAGUGGGAUGGGUUCCGUCACUUCAGCACGGUCAGCGACGAUGGGAAAAGCCGUGUUUUCUACGGUGGCACGACCUCGGAAGAAAUCAAUGACCCGACCAGCAGCAGAAUCUCGAUCGGGCAUUGGGCCCAAAAUGGCAUUGCAAGCCGCGGAUUUUUAAUCGACUAUGUCUCUUACGCCGAAAAGAAAGGCAUAGCUAUCGACGGUUUGGGUGGGCAAAAGAUCACACUGGACGACGUUCAUGGAAUUGCGCGUGAAUGUCACAUCGACUUCAAAGCCGGCGACGUAUUUUUCCUGCGUUGUGGCUUUACGAAGACCUGGGAAGCAAUGACCAUGGAACAGAAACUUCAAUAUCGGACUAACACAGCCGAGAAGAAGCACAAACACUCUGGGCUGGAGCAGAGCGAGCGUGUCGUCCGUUUCUUGUGGGAGAAUCACAUUGUUGCCGUCGCUGGGGAUGGGGUAAGUUUCGAAGUUCGUCCAAACCAGGACCAGCAAUGGGAUUUGCAUCACAUCCUACUAGCGGGUUGGGGCGUACCUAUCGGCGAAAUGUUUGAUCUAGAGCGGUUGGCAGAACUUUGCAAACGCUUGGGUAGAUGGACAUUCUUCCUGACAAGCAGUCCAUUGAACCACCCACAAGCAGUCUCAAGUACACCCAAUUGUAUGGCUAUUUUCUAG